AUGUCACUCAGUAAUGACAACCGUCCGAGGAUGGACGGGUGGGUGCAAGCUCAGAUGGUCAAGAAGCCACCCUUCUCUGUCGAAGUACCUGGCUAUCAGAAGAAAGAGGGCGAAACAAUCCCAAGGCGGCAUCCUUUGGCCAAGGACAAGCUGAUCACACUCCCGUCAGACGAUGUGAAGACAGUCUACGACAACCUCAAACGUGCUUCGGCCAAAUUUGGAAAUGCCAAAGCCGUGGGCACGAGGAAGAUUAUCAAGACUCACGUCGAGAACAAAAAGGUGAAGAAGAUCGUGGACGGCCAGGAGGUGGAGGUGGACAAGCAGUGGACGUACUAUGAACUCAGUGGCUACAGCUAUAUGUCCUUCAUCGAAUACGACAAGCUCGCCCAUGACCUUGGUUCUGGCCUGCGCCACUUGGGAAUCACAAAAGAAAAGAAGAUGCACCUCUACGGUGCCACCAGCGCCCAUUGGCUCGCCAUGUCCCAUGCCGCAGCCUCUCAGUCUAUCCCCAUCGUCACGGCCUACGAUUCCCUAGGUGAGGACGGGUUGAGACAUUCACUCGUGCAGACAAACUCGGCGGCCAUCUUUCUCGACCCGAAUCUGAUUCCAGUCGUGAUCAAGGUGCUCAAGGAUGCCACACAUGUCAAGUCAAUCAUCUACAAUACGGAUCCUGAGGUGAAACCAGGGGACCUGGAGAAGCUGAAAUCCACUUUCCCGGAUAUGAAAGUCCUCAGCCUCGAUGAACUGCGCAAAUCAGGCGCCGAGAAUCCGGUCGAGCCUGUGCCACCCGGCGCCGAAGACCUGGCCUGCAUCAUGUAUACCUCUGGCUCCACAGGUCCUCCGAAGGGUGUGACCAUCAAACACAAAGCGGUGGUGGCUGCUAUGGCAGGUGUGCAAACAAUAGUCGCGCCCUACAUCUCGCCUGCGGAUGCGCUUUUGACUUACCUACCUCAGUCGCACAUCUUUGAGUACAUGUUCGAAAAUCUUUGCAUGUUCUGGGGUGGUACUAUGGGUUAUGGCAACCCCAAGACGUUGUCUGACGCAUCUGUACGCAACUGCAAAGGCGAUAUCCGUGAAUUCCGACCCACCAUCUUGAUCGGCGUCCCUGCGGUUUGGGAGAGCGUGAAGAAAGGCAUCCUUGCAAAGAUCAACAGCGGCUCAUUCAUUGUUAAGAAUAUGUUUUGGGGUGCCAUGUCUCUGAAGCAAAUGCUCCUCGGGUCGAAAAUACCGGGCGCUGGCUUGCUUGAUGCCAUCGUUUUCAAGAAAUUGAAAGACGCCACCGGCGGCCGUCUCCGCAUUGCUUUCAACGGUGGAGGCCCGAUUUCCCAAGACACCAUCAAGUUUAUCAGCUACGCGAUCACUCCCAUGAUCUCGGGUUACGGGCUCACCGAGACUACCGCUAUGGGUGCUAUUCAGGAUCCUCUGGCAUGGGACCCUCAUGCCUUGGGUGAUAUUCCCGGCUGUAUCGAGAUCAAGUUGGUUGAUUUCCCUGACGCUGGCUACUACUCAACCAACAAGCCCCCUCAGGGCGAAAUCUGGAUCCGAGGCCCUUCUGUCACAGAAGGAUACUGGCAGAAUGAGCAGGAAACAAGGGAGGCGAUCACGGACGACGGAUGGUUCAAAACAGGCGAUAUCGGAGAAUUCAAUGCCAAUGGUCACUUGCGAAUCAUUGAUCGAAAGAAGAAUUUGGUCAAGACGUUGAAUGGCGAGUACAUUGCGUUGGAGAAGCUGGAGUCCGCAUACCGUACAUCUCCCAUAGUAGGGAACAUUUGCGUCUUUGCGGCCGAGGACAAGGCCAGACCUAUUGCGAUCAUUGUACCUGUCGAAGCCCAAUUGAAGAAGAUUGCGGCUGCGAACGGCAUCAAAGGGGAUCACCUGGAAGAAAUCGUCCACGACAAGAAACUCAAUUCCAUCGUCCUGAAAGAGAUCCAGAAGGCCGGGCGGGAGGUUGGCCUUGCAGGCAUCGAAAUCAUUGACGGCGUGGUCCUGGUGGAUGAGGAAUGGACUCCACAGAAUGGUUUCAUCUCACCUGCACAAAAGCUGCAAAGGAAGAAAAUCCAAGGGCGAUACGAAAAGGAAAUUCACAAGGCAUACGGCAACUGA